CGCGCGUUUGAUUGGUGCGUCGCUAGAAUAUCUACCAAUCCCCGUUGACUCGCGUGGCCAACUUGAAGUUGGUUUGCAGUGCUGAAUUGGCGUUGUCUUUUUGAGUCCCCGUCACCGACGACGGCCCGUGUACCGCUCUCCUCGGUGGCCUGCCAUCGCGUCCACUCUCUACCUCGACCGUGACGUCAUCGGCUUCCAUCAUCCUCGUACCCGCCGCCCUGCGCCAUGUCGGUCGCGCCGAUCUUCGCGGUCGACUGCGCCGCCCCCACCCCACUGCUCUCGCUCACGACCUCGAUCCAAGGCGCGUUUGCCAAAGGCGUCGCCCCACUUGCGAUUGACGACUGCAGCGGUGGCGCGUACUUUCUUCGGUCGACUUCGCACCGCCUCGAAGCGAUCUUCAAGCCCAGCGACGAAGAGCCGUUCGCAGUCCACACCCCAAAACCCCCGACGUCGCCAGAAGAGACAGGUCCGAUGCGCGCGGGCAUCCCACUAGGCGAGAUGGCGCUGCGCGAGUGCAUGGCCUACCUCGUGGACGACGAACGGCUGGCGCACGUGCCGCCGACGGCCCUCGCGACCGGUCGCCACAAGGCGUUCCACUCGCUCACGCUCAAGCGCGGGUCAGUUCAGCUGUACGCACCCCACGACUGCUCGUCGGAAGACCUCGGGCCUGCGCAGUUUCCAAUCACGGAUGUUCACGCAAUCGCCCUUCUCGACCUUCGCCUCGUCAACCAAGACCGGCAUCCCGGCAACAUCCUCGUGCAACGGACGGCCGGUAACCGCCUCAUCCCGAUCGACCACGGCUGCGUGCUGCCCGAGUACGACGCCAUGGGCGAGACGCAGCUCACGUGGCUGCACUGGCCGCAAGCGCGGCAGCCGCUCGCAGCGACCACGAAGGCGUACGUCGCCCGCCUCAACGCCACGAGCCAGCUCCAAGCGUGGCGCCGUCAGUACCCGACCGUGGCCUUUCCAACUAAAGCGGCGGUGACGCUGCACCUCGGCACCAAGUUUGUCCAGCUCUGCGUCGCGCGCGGCUUGAGCGUGUACGAGAUGGGGCGGCUGCAGGUCCGGGACGACCUCGACGCGCCGUCGACGUUCGAGUGCGUCGUGGAGGCGGCCGUGCAGGACCUCGGACAACGUGCUCCAUGGACGCACUUGAAUGAGCUCCUCGGUUGCUUCCAGCGCCGCCUCGAGACGGCGCUGCGCAUGGAGUUUCCAGCGUAUUUCUUGAAAGCGCCACGCUUCGUGCCCCUCCCGUCGCCAAAGGACCAGGAAAAGGUCCGCAAAUCGCCCGUGAAGGUGCUCUUGUCGUCGGCGGCCUAGUCGCAGCAUGCUCGAUUGCUUGUUUAACUUCCCGUUGUAACCACGUCUUGUGCUUCGGCCGUC